AUGGACAACAUCGACGAGGAAUAUGACCGGCUUGUUGAACACCUUCACGACUGCGCGAAGAAGGCUGAGAGUUUUAAAACCACCAAGAGGCGCCUGUCUCUUGAAACUCUUGAGCUGAUACGCCAGCGUGGAGCAGCACGAGCCGCAGGGAACCAAGAACUCACGUCCUUUGCAGAGAGGCGUCAGGCUUUGCAGAGAGGCGAUAAAGGAAGACCUUAA